UGGGCAUAUGUCUAAUUUAUGGUUUUAUGUGCUUUGUUUUUUACAGCACUCAGCAGUCCAAGGUUCAACACCUGAGUUACACUCUGAUAAUGCAUGUCAUGGCAUUGUUACAAAGAGUAACACCUUGGACCUCUAUUGCAAUGUUGGAUUCAAAAUAGUUGUGAAAAAUAUAUAUGCACAUUCCAAACCGAAAUCAUCAAACUGCCCGCAACUACAAACCAAAAAUGAUGUAGAUAUGUCAUGUUGUACAUAUGAUGAAAACGACUGCAGUCUGCCGUACAACGGUUCCUCUAUCGACUCCUAUCAUGAUUGUACCGGCAAAUCUGCUUGUAGCAAAAGAGCGUCUUGGAUGGAAUCAUCUUCCAUCUGCAACACAUCUGUCUAUAUGGAUAAAACAAAUUACAUGACGAUCGACUACUACUGCAUACCAGAUAACACCUUGGAUCCUUGCUCAGAUGUAACAAUCUUCGCCCCGGAAAUCUUUAUAUAUAAACAACGUCAAUCUAAGUUUCAGUGCAACUGUUUAUUGGAGCCUAUGUGUAAAAUGAACUACAUGAUAAACAUCCUUAUGCUCAGUGGAGGGAACCAAGACGAAGAUAUCUGCAAACAAAUAAAUAUCUUCACACCAAAUAACCCAAAAGCAUUAACCGAGUCUUGUAACAUAACCAAGGAAACUCUUCCUUCUACUUUGUUUAAUGAAUUCGAAACGAUGUUGUCCGUGAAGUUCAUCAAUAAUAAUACUGAUCCUAGAGGACUUCUACUGAUUCAGAUUAAUGGAAUGUCGCAAACAGGAGAAUUCAAGUUUACUUGUGGGAAGCCUGCGUUCAGUCGUCGUCGAAUGACCUCAGGCAAUACACCAAGUUGUAAAACACUGGAUACAACAACUGUUGAAACUGACAAAGACAAACUUAUGGAGGUCAGGAACUGCAACAGGACACACGCACUUGAAUGCAAAGACCCUCUAUGUUUGCCUGGAUGGAAUCUUGACCGCUUUUUCUACAUUUGCCUGGACUUGGAUAUGACUAUUUCUGAAGGUUUUUGCGCUGUAUACAGUGAGCAUGCAGGAAUAAUCUCAUUCAGUGAACAUUCUCUUUGCGAAAGAUUCAACGCCAGCUGUCCAAAAAAGCCCUACAGUGUAUCUGAAAUUAAAAAAUACCCAACCUGCAUGCGAGUUGACACGGAGAACAAAUGUUACCUCGAUGCUCCAAAUUGCUGGAAGUUAAGACACGAUGGUUCAGAAUCUGAGAAGACUUCCACAAAAGAACACAAAACGAAUGAGUGCAAUUUACAAUGGCCUAGAAACGGAUGGCAUUGUGCUGUGUACAUUGUAUUCCUAUUAAUAAUAUCCUAACCUCAGAGCACAUUUGAACUAAAUAAACAUUCAUUUGAAUUUAGGAUUAUUCAUUUUAUAAUGCACAUUAUAUUUUUAUUAUAGGUAAUAGGGAUAAUAAAAUACAUAAUCAAUUUAUUCUAUAUUCCGAGAGCUACUGUGAAUUAUUUUUUUCGGACUUUUAAAUUCCACACUAGUAGAAACUAAACAUAUGAAAAGUGUAAUCAACCUUACCUAUCUGGAAUCUUUUAAAAGCUACUGAAAUUUAAAGUAACAAUAAUGAAAAAAAGAAGUUCUGUCAGGUAUUGAAAAAUUAAAUCAAACAAAAUUAAUGUGAUAU